CAAGUGAGGGAGAACAGCCUUGAGCUCCGGGAGUUAAGAAGACAGCUGCAGUCGGCGUACGUGACUAAGGAGCGAGCUGCGCAGAUCGCUGAAAGAGAAGCCAUGCAGCGUGAGAUGAUGAAACAUGAGGCUGAAAUAGCCCAAAAGAUGAAGGAAGAGUACGAGAGGGUAAUGAAAGAAGAGAGUUCUGCAGAACUGAGGCGAAACAAGGAGAAAAUAGCCUACCAGCAGGAGCUAGAGAAGCAGCUUGAGGAGCAGGAGAGGCGGAAGCAGGAUGCUUACGAAGAGUUUCUGAGAGAGAAACUCAUGAUUGAUGACAUUGUACGAAAGAUCUAUGAGGAAGACCAAAUGGAAAAACAACUGAAGUUAGAUAAAAUGAGAGCAACUCAGACAUGUAUUGAAGAAUUUAAAAAAGAACAGGCUGUCUGGAGGAGAAGGCAACAGGAGGAGAUGGAAGAAGAAAAUAGGAAAAUUGCGGCGUUCACCCAUGUUCAGCGGCAAAGAGAGGAAGAUUGGCUGGCCAGAGCGCGAGACGCCGAGGAGAAAAAACAGAGACUUCAGAGCAUGAUUGCCCGGAACCUGGAAAGGGAGCAACAGCAGCGUGAAGAGCUGGAACAGAUCCGCCAGGAGCUGUAUCUGGAGGAGCAAGCGGAGACCGAAAGGCAGAAGGAGAUGGCAGAACGUGAAAAGAGAGUAAGGCAGCGGCUGGCCUUAAGGCAGAUGUACACCGAGCAGUUGGCUUUGAAGGAGGUAGCGUGCCAAGCUAUGCGGGAAGAGGAGGCAGCCUUCAGAGAGCAGAUGCUGGCCAAGUUUGCGGAGGAUGAUCGCCUCGAACAGAUGAAUGCUCAGAAACGAAGAAUGAAGCAGCUUGAACACAGAAGGGCUGUGGAAAAACUUAUUGAAGACCGUCGCAAACAGUUUAUUGCAGAUAAAGAGCGUGAACUUGAAGAAAGACAGUUAGAGGAGAGAAGACAAGAAAACAUCCGUGCAAUUGUUGAAGAAGAGAGACAGAAACUCCUGAAAGAGCACGCAUCUAAAUUACUGGGUUAUCUUCCUCGGGGAAUACUCAAAGAUGAAGAUGACAUUAACAUGCUUGGAGAGGAAUUCAGGUUGGCUUAUCAGAAGAGAAGAGGCAAUGCCUUUUCUGGAGAGAGCUGA